CACUAGUUACGCCAUAGUCCAAAGUGCAAAAAACAUGCAAUUUUGGUGGACAUCUACUUAGGUACUCCACUUCUUCUUUGAUUCGGAUCGGAGCGUCGUUCGUCGAUCCAGUAGUCACUUUGAGAGGGGCUUAAGUCCAAUGCUUAUUUCCGUAAAUCCGCAACCCACACUCCGACCCCACGAACCUCCAACCGCGGCUUUUCGUCCUUUUCUCUUGGAUGCAAUUUACGAGUGAUAUCAUUAUCGCACUGUGCAAAAACGAGGAUCGUCGGAAGCAACGAAGCCAAUUGCAUCGACUCCGAUCCUGCACCACACACACAUCGCAACCAUCACAAUUGACCCACCAUGUCCGCCGCCGAGAUCCGCGACCUGAGGCCGCUGCACCUGGAAGCAGUGCAGCACCAACACAUAUCGCGACCGGUAUCCCCGAUACCGUUCCCGCUGAACGACUCCAAGAUCCACCUGCUGCUGUGCGCGACCGGCUCCGUCGCGACGAUCAAGAUCCCCAACAUCAUCACCGCGCUCUCGGCGCACCCAAACCUCUCCAUCCGCCUCAUCUUCACCGCGUCUGCGACGAAUUUCCUCGCGGGACAGAGCGCAGAGCAGCCGUCGUUGCAGGACAUCGCGGCGCUGCCGAACGUCGAUGGCAUGUUCUUUGAUGAGGACGAAUGGAGGGAUCCGUGGGUGCGGGGGAAUCACAUUCUUCAUAUUGAGUUGCGCCGCUGGGCGGAUAUCAUGGUUGUUGCGCCGCUGAGUGCAGAUACGCUUGCGAAGAUCACACAGGGAUGGUCGGACAAUUUGUUACUUUCUGUCAUAAGGGCUUGGGACACAACUGGGGAAUUGGAUGUUGUGAGAGAUGUCCCAGGGCUGAAUGGUACGGACAGUAUUCAAGGCCAGGCGGGGUCAAAACGGAAAAAGCGAAUACUCGUAGCCCCGGCGAUGAAUACAGCGAUGUGGUUGCAGCCCAUCACCAAGAAACAAUUAGAUGUGCUGAACGAGGAAUGGGGUGUUAAGAAUGGGGGGUGGUUUGAGGUCUUGACUCCGAUGAGUAAAGAGCUCGCCUGUGGUGAUGUCGGAGGCGGGGCAAUGAAAGAUUGGAGAGAGAUUGUCGAAGUCAUUGAAGAUAGAUUGGGGUUGAAGUCGAGCGGUGCGGUCGCAUAGACCGAUGCUACUAUAGAAUUGUCGAGGCGAUCAGACAAAGAUAAAUCUGGAUUGAAGUCGAGCAUCGUUGUCGCAUAGACAGAUGCAACUAUACGACAUGCUCUUUCGAGAGCACCACGUCACCUGACCUGGCGACGAACGCUCCCAGGUCCUCACCCACGGCAACGUAGAGCCAUGCCGAAGUGCGCAUUGUCAAAUGA